UAUACCGCAUAACCGCACAAUUACACAGUUGAAGAAUUGAAGAAGAAAUAAAGGAACUAAAGAUGCCAUAUGAACUUAAGGGUCGUAAUGUCCUCGUGACGGGUGGUUCGCGCGGCCUCGGGGCCCUCAUCUGCGACAAAUUCGCCAAAGAAGGCGCAAACCUAGUCAUCAACUACGUCUCCAGCGCCGCAGCCGCAGAGGAGAUCGCGAAGACGAUAGAAAAGGUGUAUGGGGUUAAGGCGUUUGCGGUGCAUGGGGAUAUGGGGGUUGAGGCUGACUGUGUGAGGGUGGUUGAGGAGACGAUUGGGAAGUUGGGGGGAUUGGAUGUUAUUGUUUCGAAUGCCGGCUGGACCCGCUUCUCCCCCAUCCCCGACCUCCACGCCACCACCGCCGCCGACUGGGACACCUGCUACGCCGUCAACGUCAAAGCACAAAACUACCUCCUGCGCACCGCGCUCCCAACCUUCAACGCUAACCCCGAGGGCGGGUCGUUCAUCAUGACGUCCUCGAUCGCGGGGAUGGCGGUGUCGGGGAGCAGUUUGCCGUAUUGUGUGACGAAAGCUGCGCAGUUGCAGUUGAUGAGGGUGUUUGCGGCGAGUCAGGGGCCGAAGGUUAGAGUUAAUGCGGUUUGUCCGGGGUUGCUUUUGACGGAGUGGGGCCAGAAAUACCCAGAAGCUACAAUCAAGUUCAUGGAGGAGAGGGCGUACUUGAAGAAAGUGACGGAUCUCGAAGACUGCGCGCAGUCUUUUAUAGAUAUUGCACGGAACUCGUCGGUGACGGGGCAGAAGAUCGUUGUUGAUUCGGGAUUGUCGCAGAUAUAAGGUAGCCUGGAUCGGGCGGGGAAGGAGUAGUUGUUGAUAGGAGGAAUGUAGGAUAAGAAGAGGGGGUA